GCCGUCUCCCUGAACCAGAGAAAGGGAGUACGCAUUUCAUGGAGUCAAAUAUUCAAGUUCAAGAAUCAUUCAACUUGUUUUCUUCGUUGGAUGGCGAUACCCAAUUGGGUUUUAGUUUUCUCGACACUUCGCCCAAGUCAUCUAUCACUCCUCCCCCUCCUUGUGUUGAAGUAAACCAUUCCGAGGUUUCAUCAUCUGUGAAGUAUACAGUGGAAGAAGUUGAUUUUGACGGGCUUACUUUGCUCAAGGGAAGAGUCAGUACUCAGGAGGUUCUCCAACUCACCAAUUCGGAUUUAAUCCCUGGAAAAUAUGAAGGUGGUCUUAAAUUAUGGGAAGGAUCACUUGAUUUGGUCAGAACCCUAAAGAAGGAAGUGCAGGAUGGGAAACUAUCAGUUAAGGGCAAGCGAGUUUUGGAGCUUGGAUGUGGCCAUGGACUUCCCGGGAUCUUUACAUGUCUUGAGGGUGCUUCAGUGGUGCAUUUCCAGGAUUUUAAUGCGGAGGUCCUGAGAUGUCUGACCAUUCCCAAUGUGAAAGCCAAUCUUGAUCAUCAUAAUCGAAAGAAGGAAGUAGAAGCUGAGAUUCGUUACUUUGCUGGUGAUUGGGGUGAAGUUGAUCAAAUUCUACUCCCUUAUGUUAAUAAUAAUGAGGAUGAAAAUGGUGGAUACGAUGUUAUUCUUAUGGCUGAAACUGUUUAUUCAAUUUCUACCAUUCCUAUCCUAUAUCAGCUUGUGAAGAAGUGUGUGAGUUCUCCCCAUGGAGUGGUGUAUGUUGCAGCAAAGAAAUAUUACUUUGGAGUAGGAGGCGGGUCGAGGCGAUUUCUAUCUGUAGUGGAGAAAGAUGGUGUAAUGGAAGCUAGCUUGAUCUCGGAGGUUACUGAUGGUUCAUCCAAUGUUCGGGAAGUUUGGAAACUCUGUCUUAAAUAGAACACGAAAAUGGAGUGAAAUGGUUUUUUGAGUUACAUGAGCUUAAUGAAUAGUAGAUGAGUUCUUGUUCUUCAGUUUCCUUAAUUGAACAUUUUCUUUUCUCUACCAUUCAAUUUUGGGUUUAGGUUGGUUUGCUUGAUGUUUUUUAUAAGAGUCUGUUUCAUGCUUUUGUACAUGUUUUUUCUAGUUCUGCUGAUGAAAAGGAAUUAUUAAACAUUAAU